ACGAACUUCUGUAGGCUUCUCCACCGCAAAUUUCAGUUCCCUAAAAGCCACAGUACCGUCAAUAUGUCGGAAGCUGAUACAGAUAGUGACGACAGCGAUGCCGAAGGUGGUCUCGGUAAUGUAAACAGGCUGAUAAUUCGGCCACCAGGCCACAGUGGAAAAGCCAAACGAGGACAUCUUUGCUUCGACGCAUCUUUUGAGACCGGAAAUUUAGGGCGAGUCGAUCUCAUCUCAGAAUUCGAAUACGACUUGUUUAUACGUCCAGAUACAUGCAGCCCGCGUCUCCGGUUCUGGUUCAAUUUUACCGUAGACAACGUGAGGAGUGAUCAAAGAGUGAUAUUCAACAUAGUGAACAUUUCAAAGUGCAAGAAUCUCUUCAGCGUAGGAAUGACACCACUGGUAAAGAGCUCUAGCAGACCGAAAUGGCAGCGAAUACCAAAGAGGCAAGUGUUUUACUACAAGUCAGUGCAGCACCAGAAUCAUCAUAUAUUAAGCAUAGCCUUCGCCUUCGACCGAGAAGAUGACGUUUAUCAGUUUGUACUAACCUAUCCGUACUCUUACACACGCUACUUGAAUCACCUGGAGAACCUUUGCACAAAGUGUACAAACGCGUCUGUCGUGAAGAAGGAAACUCUGACCUUGUCGAUUCAGAAACGAAAAGUAGAACUUAUAUCCAUAGCAACCGCCAGUGAAAACCAGAGAAAAGUUGUUGCUAUCAUGACCAGAGCACAUCCCGGGGAAUCCCCAGCGUCUUUCGUUUGCCAAGGACUUAUGGACUUUCUUGUCAGCAAUCAUCCGAUUGCAAAAGUUCUGAGAGACUACGUCGUCUUCAAGAUCAUCCCAAUGUUAAACCCGGACGGAGUAUUCCUCGGGAACUACAGAUCCUCGGUGAUGGGAAUGGACCUGAACAGAUCUUGGAACAGGAUAUCAGACUGGACACAUCCAAGUCUUGCGGCGACCCGGGGGGUCCUGGAGAGUUUGGAUAAAAAUCCCACGGCACCUUUGGAUCUCGUUCUAGAUUUACACGCGCAUACUAAUGCCACAGGAGUUUUCGUCUAUGGGAAUACGUACGACGAUGUUUACCGGUACGAACGACACACGGUCCUUCCAAAAUUGUUGGCCCAACACGCCGAAGACUACGAAGCAUCGAACACUAUGUACAACCAGGAUCCCAGUAAAUCAGGCACCGCGCGACGUUACCUCUGCUCAAUAUUAAGCGACCGUGUCAACUGCUAUACGAUUCAAGUUUCGAUGUAUGGCUACUGCAGGAAAGGUAGUCCCGGAAUUUUGCCCUAUACAGAAGAAGGAUACUACAGGGUAGGGCGCAAUUUGGGCCGUGCUUUUCUCGAGUACUACAAGCUGACCGGACUAAUUCCCACUGGAUUACCUGAUCAACCAUCGAAUAAACGCGGUCGUCAGUCCAGACAGAGACACCGUGUUCCGAGAGAGCCUCGUCCAAGGACUGCGAGGACAACGGCCCCUCUACACCUCGCAAGCAUCCAUGAGUACGGCAUUCGGUAUCUGCGCGAGGAGGUGGCUCAAGCUUUGUCCCGUACGCGGUACAGAUCGAUGAGUGGUACCAGGAUGAACGCCGGCCCAGGAACAGCGACGGGUGCAGGAGGGCUGCCUCGCUACGCGAGAUUUCGAAGCCCCGGGGCUCCAGUCGUCGGUUCUGCUAUCACGCCGACAGAACCGCGACUGACUAUCGUCGAUUUCAACCAGUUAACUAGGGGCGGACUCGAGCUAGCCAUGGGAAAGAACAAGUGUAAAAUAUCAAACCGCUCCCCGCAGCGGUACAGCAAACCGCCGAGAAGAUAGCCGCUGGACGCGACUCCAUUUUACCUACGCGAUUCCGUGCGCUGAAAAUUUAUCUUUUUGUCCAUUGUUGUACACCCUGUAUUCGCAUUUCGCUCUUUUCGCAUUAAUCACGGUUAAUAUUUAUACCUACAAUAUACGCUUGUUGAAAUCUUUGAUACAUUAAUUUAU